GAUUUACGGCGCGAAUGUGAAGUGAUUUGUCACAUGUCAUCAGCUGGUAACUCGCCAGAAUUUACUGUGAAGGUCAUAAACCGUUAGAAGAAAAGUUUAUUUUUCAAGAGAAAUGCACAAACCUCCCCAAGUAACCACAGACAUACAAAAUGACAACAAACAACAUGGGAGACAACUGGCAAGAUAUUACAAUCACAGAGAUUACAGAUCCUGGCAACUUCCUGGCCAAGGAAUGCCCGGGGAAUGAAUAUGUCAAAGGAAUGUUGCAAGUUCAACAAAAUGCAGGAUCAGAUGAACCAGUUUUUCAGCAAUGAGCAAGCUGUGUCCACCAUUCCUACCCAGCCUGCAGUGGGUGAUGUGUAUGCAGGGAAGCGACCGAGUGAUCGACGGUGGUACCGUGUGGAGGUCGAGAGGAUAAUGCAGACAUCCAGGGGACCCCAGGCUUCCUGCUACUUUGUGGACCACGGUGAAUCGGAACUCAUCCCUUUGUCCUUCCUACGACAGUUACCAGGUCAGUUUCAGGAAGAGCCCAGACAGAUUCAGACGUUUUCCUUAUGGGCUAUAGAGCCUCUGACUCUCCUGACCACCAUUGAAGAUGGGGAUAUCAUAGCUACAAAACGAAGGUGUAAAAAAUGGGACAUCUCUGCUGUUGAUUUCCUCAAGAAACUUUUGAAAGAUUCGUCGAGCCCCAAGAUUGACAUCCAGCACCAGGACCGAGAGAGGAACAUAGUGUAUGUGAAGCUGUAUCUCAACACUCCAGAUGGCCUGGUCUGUGUGAAUGACCAGCUUGUAGAUCUCGAGUAUGCCGCAAGGAUCGUUCCCCAAGUCCAGCAGCCAGAUCACGAUGCUCUUGAGGAAGUUGUCAAACCAAGAAAACCGAAAAAGAAAUUGUUGCCAGAAGAUUAUCUCCGUAUGAUAGAAGACGAUAAUGGCUUUAAUCACCGAAACACUGAUUCAGACGGAAGUCACCAAACUCAAAGUGAUCCACAAGUCCGACAUAAGGUGUACAGGACGACAGUAUAUGACAGAGACGCAAGUCGUGAGUGUGAAAGUGAUGUUCCAGUAAGACACAGGGGAGGCAGGUUGGAUAUGUUCAUGUCCGACACCGAGCCCCACCAUAGUGCAAGGUCAGUGAAGGUCAGUCAGAGUGACACGGAACUACCGAGGGGAUUGGUGAACAGUAUGAGCAGACCACACUCAGGGGGGCCGGGGAAGUGGUUGGAGGGAGGGGACGUAGGGGUUGGAGACAUUAGUUCAAAUAAUCUGAUGAUUGGUGGUGCUUCCUGUGGAUCUGAUGGACUCGAUGUGGUGUCGACAGGGGGCAAAUCAGGAGAUGGAAAUUCCGCAUCUUCUUUCAGAAAGAAUCUGAAGGGUAAUCAAUCCAAACAUUAUGAGGAUGCACUUUCUGAUACCGGUCAACCCAAGAAGAUUGUGUUAGGAAGAGGGUAUUCUUUCCUCAGCACAUCAUCAGAUUCAGACAGUCCUGCCCUGAGAAUGUGUGAUGCUAAGAGUUCUGUUUCUAGUCAAAAUAGACCGUCUGGUGCCUCCAUGCAUGAUGGGAUGCCAGUUCUUGAACCUCAGAGUGGAGGCUCGGACACUAACUCUCUUGCCAAUGUUAUGGGACUGAAACCCGUCAGAAGUUGUCCAAGCUCUCAAAGUCUAGCCAGUGACAAUCAAAGAGAUGGUAAAUCUACAGAGGCCUCGCAAAAAGAAAAGUUUUGUGAAAUAUUUGUUCCAUCCCGCCUUCCCAAAUGUGCAAUGGUCUCUUCACAGUCGUGUUCCUCCAAAUCAGAUUCACCUGAGAUGAAACUUGGGUCAAUCUUGAAGAAGUCUCCCUCCCAGUCUAUGUCAAGCCUAGAAGUCAACUCUGUCAGAUUCUCAGGAACGGAAGAAUGGGUUCGAAAAAAAGGCAAAGAAGAGGGUAGAAAACUGCUGGCGAGCCUGUCUCCGGGUACAGACCUGAGGAAUCACCACACAACUGCAAUACCUCAGAUGAGUCGUCCAGAUCGAGCCGAACACACACCAUUCCUGGGAGUGGUCUAUCAUGGGGUGUCACAACCCAGCCCAAUACUGGACUUCACUAACCUGCCAUUUGCUGAACUCGUUAAACAGGCAUUCCUGAAGAAGGAAUUCAACAGCCCCAUGACGAUUCAGGCAUACUGUUGGCCUGCUGUGCGCCGAGGUCGUCACGUGAUUGGCAUAUCACCACCGGGGACAGGGAAAACAUUGGCAUACUUGUUGCCGUUGUUGUCGCAGCUGUUUGAUUCUGCCCCCUACAUGCAGAUACCUGUUGGAAAUGGACCCUUUGCCCUGAUUCUCGUCCCGUCAUGGAAGAAGGCCCAGAACGUGUUUGAUGCUUGCACCAACUACAUACAAGAACGGUCGAAACCAAGAGUUAUUUCUAUUUAUGCUGGUGGAUGCGAGGAGUCAAAAGUGAUCCCUCUGAUAAAUGGCUGCGAAGUCCUUGUCGCCACGCCACCUUGUCUUCAACGUAUGAUGGAAAAGAAGUACACAAACCUCAACCGUCUCUGCCAUCUUGUUCUAGAUGAUGCAGAGAUACUCACUGAAGUGUUCAAGUCUGAGGUGAAGUAUAUCAUGAAAUCGUAUGCUGAUGUCAUCCGAGAAUCCAACUUGAAACGAGAUGUUCCACGACAGAGAAUGGUGUUCGCGAGUCAGUGGACCAAGGGAAUUGACUCCUAUGUUGCCUCGUACAUCCAUGAACCUCUGCUGAUCAUCACAUCCAAGAUGGAGGCAGCUGUGUAUGGACGAGUCAAGCAGAUUGUGCACAUGUGCAAAUAUGAAAACAGAUCGUACCAGCUGCGUAGCAUCUUAGAAGGUAUUGGCUCACCUGGCAACAAGAUAAUCCUUUGUUCAUCAUUAGUUGAAGAAGUGGAGAUGCUGUAUGAGAUGUUGACCGCCCAGAGCAUGCACACCUUGGUCUGUCAUGACGACAUGACACUCUCGGACCGUGACGAAAUGUACCGGCAGUGGCACAACCUCAACUCACAGGAUGCUGCACUCAUCAUGGUGAUGACAGAUGAAUGCGUGACAGACAGCAACAUCACCGACGCCACACACAUCAUCCACUACAACCUGCCCAAAUCAAAAACUAGGUUUGGCAACAGGAUGGCUUGUAUGCUUGGCUACUUCUAUGACUUCUCCAAGGCCAAGCAGCCCUCUGUCAAACCAACAUCAUACAUAUUUGUGACAGACAGAAACAAGAAGGAAGUGAGGAGCUUGGCCAACUUCCUGGAGCGAAGUAACAGCCAGAUUCCCAAGGCUAUGUCAAACUACAUGGCUGGCAUGCAGAUGGGAGAGAACGAGAAUGAAGACAAGGCGCUCUGCAGACACAUCAAGGCUUUUGGAUUCUGUGUGAACAUCAACAAAUGUCAGUAUCGACAUCGUAUCCUCCCUGCUAUUGACUGUCCUCGUGGUCGUGGAUUCAAAGACCUGCCCAGAACUGGGGAAGUCAAGGUGAGGAUGAAUCAAGUCCUCGAUGCCAACCAUUACUACAUGAGACUUCUUGAACAUCGGGGAGAACGGAAGACUGACCUGACCAGCGUCUACAUUUCUCUCCUCUUCGACAUCUCAAGCUACUUCGCCAACAAGAAGAACUGGAGGUCACAGUCCAUGGCCAAGAAGGGAGAACUUUGUGCCAUUCAGACCAGCGAACGACACUUCCAUAGGGUGGAAAUCCUGUCAAUUAAGGAGUCAGAAGGACUCAAAACUCCCACGGCAGAGGUGUGGUUUGUUGAUGACGGCAAGACAAAAACAGUUGAUCUGUGCAGGCUCCUCACACUGCCAGCCCACCUGAAAGAAGUCCCGUACCAGGCUGUAGAGGUGUACCUGUGUCGUGUGAAGCCCAUGGACAGUGACUCAGAAUGGACAGAAAAGGCCAACACGUUCAUCUUUGAGGAGCUGAAUGAGAUAACUGAGCUGGAUGCAUGUAUUGUUCUCAGCGUCGGGAACACCUUGUGGCUGGAUCCGCUGGUUCAGAGAGUAACCAUGGAAACCAUCAACAUGACCACCAACCAUAUGCGGGUCAGAGAUGAGCUGCUCAGACGUGGCCUUGGAUCUAACAACCCUAAGCACGUACAGCAGCUGUACCAGCUCUGUAAGGAGUGUCAUGUGGAGGUGCCUAGACAGCUCCUGGCGAAAUACCUGUCAGGAUAUGAGAAGACAAUUGACAUCGAGUCUCUCCCUGAGGACCAGGAAUAUCACGACGUCUAUGUGUCGGCAGUUGCCACUCCUGAUGUCAUCCAUAUACAGCGUAAAGAACACGUGAAGCUGUUCGAGGAGAUGCUGGAUGAGAUUAAUGACAAGAUGGCCAAGGAUGAGAUGGAGUUUGACAAGGACUUGUCUUUCCGCCUGGGGACCUACUGUCUCUCUCAGUUCACACAAGACAACAGGUGGUACCGAGGACAGAUCAUUGAGAAGCUCUCUGAUGACAUGUACAAUGUCUUCUUCUGUGACUUUGGUGACAACGACAGCUUGUCGACUGCUCGACUCCGCCCUCUGCCAGACAAGUACACUGGCCUUCCUUGCCAAGCCAUAGAGUGCAAGCUGGCCCAUGUGCAGCCAAGGGGAGAUAACUGGGACAAUAAUAGUGGUGAUGCUUUGUGGGAUAUGACCCACUUUUUGACAGGGGAGAAGAAACUCCUGGUCGCUAAGAUAUUGUCCAAGUCUGCUGAGACUUCAAGUGGAUCCUUCAAGUACACAAUAGAUCUGCAUGACACCAAUACCACAGUGGACAUCCACCUACCCCAGGAGCUGGUGUGGAAGAGAUACGCCUCCUCUCCAAGUCUCAAGGAUCUAAUGCCCAAGCCCUUGUCUGCAAGUCGAAAGAUCUACGACAGCCCUGUACAUAAACUCAAAGAUCUGUGUGCUGCCAUCUACUGGGGCGAGAAUGAAGAUGUAGUCAUUAAGAAGAGCAAAGAGGUCUCCACCAUUGUCACCUCCCAGAACACGUCAAAGAGUGGUGUGGAAGCCAUGGUGUCCUGUGGUGGAGUGGCUGCGGUGUGUCGUCUCAUUGGGUAUCUUCGCUGUCUCGAAGCCCACCAACACAUAGUCGAGUCUCUCACACUGUCCAUACUCUUCUCACCAAGAAUCUGUGAAGUGACUAUAGCUGAACACCUGCCACUGAUGCUGGUGAGAUGUUUGGAGCAGAGUAAUUUCCCAGUGCUACACAAGCAGGCUGCCAAAGCCAUCUCUAGACUGGUGACUGUCAGCAGCUACAGGGUGGCGCUAGAGAAGGCCGACGCCAUGACGACACUGUGUGAUCUGCUGGAUGUCACUGACAAUUCACAGAUACAGUACUUGUCUCUCCAUGCCCUGGCCAGUCUUGUCAAGGAAUCCCAGAGUGUGUGCGGUGCUGUGUUGGAGACGGCGGUGUGUAGAAAGGUUCCAGACUUCCUGACUGGUGAACACACUCAUGAUGUCAUCGAGGCUGCUCUCACCUUUCUAGCGAAUCUGGCACACUGGCAGAAUGCUCACUCAGAGCUGAAGAGAGAAGCUUUAUUGGACGCUGUGAUACAGAGGAUGGAAGACACCAGGUGUUGCAAGUGUAUCCACCAGGCGGCGCUGCUGUGUCACCAUCUUGCACAGGCAAGUCGCAAGAACAAGACGCUGUUGUUGGAGCACAGGCUCGUCAUCGUGCUACAGCGUGUUCUGCAGCUGAAGCUGGAUGACCCCAGCACCAGGAAACUAUGCCGGGAACUGGAGGCAUCUAUUGCUGUACGGUUGCCCCAGCAACAGCAGACAGUCAAUCACUCCAGGCUGGUUGACGAUGAGGAACAAGACACAAAUUACGUUGCCGUGAGCUGGUACCAGAACACCUUCCGGGUUGUCCUCACUGUCAGACUUCGGGGAAUUGUCCAGGAGGACUUCAAAAUCUCUCACAAACAUGUCACAUUCAGAUCAUCCAAACACAACAAAUCGUUUGACUAUGAGUUGUUUGAGGAGAUACUGCCCCAGAAGACGGUGAUCGAUGUCCGGGAGAACCAGACGUCAGUGUCCCUCAAGAAGCAGAACAAGGGGAAGUGGAGCCGUCUGCUCCGACAGAAACAAAAGCCAAGUGGCCUCACAGUGGACUUUGAGAAGUUUGUCAACUCCGAUUCUGAAGUGUCCGAUGAAGAUGUUCCCUUUCUCCUCUCAAGGAGGAGAGAGAGGAAGUUGCCGGAUAGGUCCAAGGGCCAGCACCGGAAGCACAAGAAGCCUAUAAUGAUGGACGAUCUGGAGACUAGCUCGGAGGAUACGUCAGACCUAGCCUCGUACAGUGACGAUGAGAAGAAGCAUGAUGCAGCCUUGGACUUCCGGUAGUAGAAGCAUCCCCAAGAUCUUGACUGUUUGCUUUACCAGCCAAAGUAUUGGGCAUGAGGCAUCCACUGAGGUCUCAGCUGCUUGGGUUUCUUGUGACCCCAGGAUUGUCAACACAAGGCGUCAACACGAGACAUCCACUGAGGUCUCAGCUGCUUGGCUUUAUUCUGACCCCAGGAGUGUCAACAGAAGGCGUCAACUGAGAUAUUGUUGUUUUAAAAGCGACCGCAGUGCCAACACGAGACAUCCACCGAGAUCUCAACUGGUUUGUUUUUUUAUGACCUCAUCAGUGGCAAAAUGAGGCACCCUCUGAGAACUCUGAACUGUUUCUAUCAACAGCAAGUUACCGUGGAUGACCAAUCAUGGAGGGAUGGUUGUAAGAAGGGAGGUGGUCAGCAUGACACUUCUGACUGUAAGUCGUCAUACCCUGGCAAUGUUGUUCAUGCUAUCAACCACUGGUUUGCCUUGUCCAGACUCGAUUAUUUACAGACCAUCAUACUAUUGCUGUAUGGAUUUAUCCAAAGCAAAGUGUAUUUUCCCAUGACAUGUUUAUUAGUUAUGACUUUGGAAAUGUCCCCAUUUUGGAGAAUGUUCUUGUUUCUCUCUAUUCAUGUUCUUUUCUGUUUGGGGUGAGCAGAAAGACGUUCUGCUUUAGGGAAAGGAUGUGUAAGGUAGAAAGUUUCCCAAUGUACCUCAAUGUACUUGGUUACUUUGAGUAUCAGUUACUGAAUCGAUUUUCAGCACAAGUUUAUGCCAGUCAGUUAUGCUGGUGCUAACACUGCCUAUUUCAGGUCAGUAAACAGUGUGAUGGAUCUCGCCAACAGGAAUGAUUAUUUUUGUGUCUUUUUUGUGUGUGUUUAAGCUGCAUUUACAACAUACAUGUGUAAUAUUAGUUGCGAAAGUGUUUCUGUUCCUUGAAGGCACUAUAUCACACCACACUUCCCUAUAAAUACAUAAUGCAUUUCUCUCAAUUUAAUUUUUAACCUCAGGGAAGCUACAAUAUAAAAUAUUCCCAAAACAAAUUACAUAUUUAAAUUACAAUAUUAUAUUAAAAAGUUUGAAUGAAUUAAUGCAACGUUGCAUUGAACCGACUCUAACGCCCUCUAUUGGCGAGCAUUAUUUCAAGCAUACCACAUAGAGUUAUGUCCCUUGGAGCGCUCUUCUUUACGAAUAUCCUAUGCACAACUCAUGAUUGAAACCAGUUCGGCAAACACCGACAACACUGUGUGCGACA